CGCGCCGCCGAGUCUGGCCGAGAUGCGCGCCGCCGCCGUGCGGGCGGGAAGCCUCGUCGGCGUCGUGCCGGUGAGCGGGUGCCGUCUAAGCGCCGACCUGACCGCCGCCUACCUGGACCGGCUCCGCCUCAGCGCCGCGGAGGUGUCAGAGCCAACCCUGCAGUCGCUCUGCAGGCUGCAGGCGGCGCACAUCUCGCUCGUGGCCUACGAGAACCUCGACUCGCACGCGGGCGAGAGAGGCGCACCGCUCCCUCCGCCGCGGCUCGACCCGGUCGCCUCCGCCGAGCGGGUGGCAUUGCGGCGGCGGGGCGGGUACUGCUUCGUGCUGGUCGACGCCUUCGCCGCGCUGCUCACCUCCCUCGGCUUCGUCGUCUCGCUGCACACCGCCGGCGUGGGUGAGUCGCCCCUCGCCGCCGAGAAGUGGGGCAACCACAUCGUCCUGCUGGUGCACCUCGGGGAGCGCCGCUUCGUGUCAGACGUCGGCCUCGGGGACGGCCCCCUGCGGCCCUUCGAGCUGCGCGAGCACGCGUGGGAGGAGGACGGGUAUGCCUUCCGGCUCGAGGCGACAGGCGCCAGCACGUGGCACUUCACCCACCAUCCGCUCGGCUCGUUUCGCGGCUUCGACUUCUGCCUCUCCUCCUCGGCCGCCUCGGCGCGCGAGUUUGGCGAGUACCACGCCUUCUACUGGAGCCACCCGGACAGCCCUUACCGCGUCUCCGGCCCCGUGCUCCAGCGUGUCACGCCCGAACGAGGCGUGCUCACGCUCCGCUGCUGCACGCUCCGCCGCGUGCACCCCGGCUUCCCCGCCGGCUCGACGACGAUCGCCGUGGCGACAUCGGCCGACGAGUGGCUGGCGCUCGUGCGCGAGCACUUUUGCAUGCCGCUGAUUGACUUGCCGCCCGAGCAGCAAACCUCCCUCUGGCUAUCGGCAAAGACCAAGCACGACGCGUGGCUCGCACAGGAGUGUGGGAGAGAGGCCCCCUGAAGUUUUCAAGUUUUAUUUUUGUUUUGUUGCAC